UAAAGUCGAUAGCAUCGUUACGAGAGGUGGUCGAUAACCGAUCGUGCAUCGUUCUUUUCGAAACGAGAAAUUGAAGUUCGAUAUCUGUAAAAUAAUUCGUCAAACUGCUGCUUUGAGAUAUCGGAGUAUUCGCGGUAAAUUUGUUAUUCCUUCAUAACCAUGUUGAGCGGAUGAUACGUGAAAAGGAUUAUGCAUCUUUACAAACAGUUGUAUUUUAAAUUAUGCAACGGGGAUCUUCCAUUUUGACGAGAAGAAACGCUAUGAGAUAUUACUGUUGCGAGAAAUAUCGUAUAUGUAUAUUUUAAUAAGUGGAGAAUAAAACGUGCCGGUACUUAUGUAUUUUCGUGUGCAAUUAUGGAAAGUAAACCGAUAACAUUGUCUAACAACGGAAAAUCAGCGACGACAGAUGACUCGAAAAGUGAAAUGCAAAUGGUACUAGCCAAAAUGAUGGAAGAAAAGUAUACUUACACUUAUAAAAAAUUAGUAGUACCUAUGUCAAUGAGAAGUAUUUACUGGAAAUUUUUCGGAUUUCCAGCUACAGACGAUGGAGAUAUUCUCACUAAAGUAAAGAUCGUUUGCAUAUUAUGUAAAACUCAAAUUGCAUAUAAUCGUAACACCAGUAAUUUGCGUAUGCAUUUACAAAAUAAACAUGCUCAAGAACUUUUAGAACUAGAAGCUACUAAUCCGCCACGCAGACAAGUACUUUCUCAGGAAACAAAAGAGAGAAGAGCACAGAAGAAAUUAUUAAAAGCAGGUUUAACUUCGGCCCAGCAUAUUUACACUACCAAUGCGGAUGGUACUGUCCAAAUAGAUGGGGAUAUUCAAUUCGUGACUGAUCCAAAUGUAAGUUUAUCCAACAUCGAGGACGAUAUAGCAAUUGGUCAACCUUUGCGAGUUAUGAUUAAAAGUGGUUCUAACAUUGGGAACAACAGUCAAAAUGUGGCUUUUCUUAUGCCGGAAGAUAAUUCUAUUAAUCAGUCGAGUAUCGAUGGGAAGACUGUAUCAGACGCUAUAGCUGAAUUUAUUAUCAUGGACUUACAACUGCCAGAAGUGGUAGAAGGACGUGGUUUUCAAAGACUAGUUGCAACGUUGCGUUCGCCCUGUGAAAUCCCUAGUAAAAAUAAAUUAGAAGAAGAAAUAAUACCAAAGAUUUAUGAUACCUUCCGUGAAUCAGUAGCCACAACUCUAUCUUGUAUAACAAGUGAAGUAGGUUUGACUAUUGAGGAGUGGAGAUCUAAUUCCGACGAACGAUUUGUUACUGUUUCUGUGUAUUAUCAAAACUCUGGUGAACCAGUGUUAGAAUGUAAAGUGUUAAGUACUAUUCAUGCUCCUUUAGAUUGGGAGGAAUCUCAGUGGGGUAAUGCGAUAGAUUCUUUAUUACUUGAUUGGGAUCUGAAAAUAGAAAGGAUAACUGCGGUAGUAGUAGCCACAUCCAGGACAGAAUUAUUGAAUGCUUUGACAAAUCGAGGAUUAACAUUAGUUCCUUGUUUACUUUAUACCUUACAAGUGUGUGCUCAAGCUUGUUUCGAAAGCCCGGAAGUUGCUACCAUACUAGCAAAAUGUAGGGCAGCCAUUGGAGCUAUUAUAAGUCAUCCAGCUGCAUCUGCGGCGUUAACUAUGCAGGAACAAUUAUUGGAAUUGGAUGAAAAUGCUAUGUUAAUGGAUUAUCCACCUAUAUGGACAUCAACGUACAACAUGCUCGAGCAAAUGGUUCUUCGUCGUAAUAUUGUAACGUCAAUUUUAGAAAGCAUGGAAGGUAUUGAUCAAGAGGUAGUUGAUUUGACAAAUGAUCAAUGGAAGAUCGUAGAGGAUCUUGUGAACGUGCUUGAACCAUUUAAAGUUACUAUUAUGACGCUUAGCGAGGAAAAGAUACCGUUAAUAUCCUUAUUAAAACCACUACUCUGGCAGCUUGUAUCCUCUCAUCUCAAAAUAAAAGAGAGUGAUAGCGAAAAAGCAAAGGCUUUCAAAGAAUCUUUAUCUGAUAUGCUUUGUGACAGAUAUGCAGAUUAUAACGUUACUCUUUUACUUCAAAUUGCGACUACCCUAGAUCCAAGGUUUAAGCAAUUACCAUAUGCUACUGAAGAAGAUAAAAAUUCAGUAGCGACUGACAUAAAAGAAAUGUUGACAAAGCUAAUACAAGAGGAAUCUGGUGAUAAUAUAAAUAUGAAAGUAGAAGAGGAGCCUCUGGCUAAGAAAAGUCGUGUAUCAGGCAUGGAAUUCUUGCUUGGAGGAUUAUGUUCGAUGAAAAGUGGAAUGCCUGCAGAAGAAAAGGCAGAUCUUGAACUUGUACAGUAUCAUUCAGAGUCUACCGCACCACUUGACUACUGCCCUCUUCAAUGGUGGGCAAAAAUUUCUGCAAAAUGCCCAAAUUUGGGCAAAUUGGCUUGUAAAUACAAUUGCGUACCUGCAUGUUGCGCACCACCCUGUAGAAUUCCGGCAGAAGUGCAAGUUUUAUACGACGCAAGGCGAACGGCCUUACCUCCUCAUUUAAUAGAUAAGUUACUCUUCCUUCAUGGUAAUCAUACCGUAUGAAGAAAAUAUUAAGUUUCACUGAACUAUAAUGUUGAUAGGUUCUACGUAAUUUAAGUUUAAAGUGAGGCUCCUAGGCAAAUUUAAAUGAAAUAAUAAGCAGAACUACAAGUCGCUAAUUUAAAUUAAUUUUAUUUAUAUAAUAUAAUACCCUCCUAGGAUAGAUUAAAGAGUUUUCAGAAUCGCAGUAACAAUAACAAGCGACAACUUCUACCGGCGAUUUCUCAAAUUUUUCAAUCUCGCCUUGUAUUAUGAUAUAUAUUUUAUUUUUACUUUUAUUGAACUAUUAGAAUCCUAUAAUAUUCUAAAAGUCAAAUUUAAAAUUGAUGGAUGUAUAAACAUAUUUGUUAAAUGUUUUACGAAAAAGAAAUACGUUUAUGUUCACGAAAAUAUAACAAACUUCAUAUUUAGAAAUUGCCACGCUUGUAUCUCAAGUGUAAAAACAAUUUGAAUUGAGAACAUUAGAGCGUCAUUAUGAUUUAAUGAAAUCUGUCUUUCUUUUAUUACACAAAUGAGCCUACCAUAAUAGGGCAUUGUUAAUUCCAGAAAAGAUUUAACUAUCAAAAGAAUUUUAUACAAGAUUGAAAAAUUGGGAGAUAACAAAAGUUAAGUAAGUCUCAUUUAUAGAAAUUGAUAAGAGAUAAUAGUUUUCCAUUUGCAACAGGUACGAUGUAUUAAUCUUUAUAAAAAUUCUUAAAUGUUAUAAAACAUCGAAAAUAAAACUUUGAUGCUGUAAAUAUUUCAUAAAGAUACGAAAUUAAAUUUUUUUACAUAAUUGUAUUUUUUACAAGGAAAUACUGUUAUUACUUAACUUAGAAUUGAAAAUGCAUGCUUGAAGUGAUUAAUAAAUAAUUUAUAACGAAUUUACUUUUGUAUAUUAAAGAUGUUAUGCUAAGUUAUAUUGCAAAUUUUCUAAAAUUUUAUAAAAAUUCUCUUCGCAAUUUCUUUCUAUUAAUAAUAAUAAUGAUGAUGGGAAUGAUCAUCUUAACGAAUUAAUAAAUCAUUUGAUCAUUUUCAACUUCUACCUUUGUCAUUAAUAGAUGAGAAUUUCAAAAGAUGUAUUCUUGUGAUAUUAAUUUAUAUUUUAGAAAUACUAAGGCAGUACAAACUUAACA